GUUUGGAUAAAUACAUCUGAUAUUAUAUUGGUUGGCUUAAGAGACUACCAGGAUAACAAGGCUGAUGUUAUUCUAAAGUACAAUGCAGAUGAAGCCAGAAGUCUGAAAGCAUAUGGAGAGCUUCCAGAACAUGCUAAAAUCAAUGAAACAGACACAUUUGGUCCUGGAGAUGAUGAUGAAAUCCAGUUUGAUGAUAUUGGAGAUGAUGAUGAAGAUAUUGAUGACAUCUAAUUUGGAACAGAGGUUUACAUUCCGACUUUUUUUCUCCAAGGAUUGUUCUACAUUGAUAUUUCGAUUAUUUUUUGGGUGAAGUCCCUUUCUUUUAAGAAGACUGAAAAUUCUCGGUAAAGAGUGUAGUUUGUUACAUCAAAAGGAUUUAUUUUCAAUGUUUGUUUUAAAGUAUUUAUAUUUCUUUAGAAAUGGAUAAUGCUGGAUUAUCACAAAGGUUCAAUGAAAUGCCACAAAUAUUUUGUCUGUUCACCAAUUAGAGCUUUUACCUCUGGAUGUAAGUGAGAUACAGUGACAUGGGCUGUAAAAGACUGCAUUUUUCCCUCUUCUGCUUUCAUCACUACAAUUCCAGUUAAACUUGUAUUUUGAAAUAAAAAUUGUUUACCCUGUAAUUACCAUGGAUUUUGAUUAAAUACAAAUACCCAGUUCAGAUUAGUAUCAAAUCAUACUAUGCAGUGUCUGUCCUUAUACCCCUUGCCUUGAUGUUAACUUUAAAAAGAUUUUGAUAAUAUAAAAGGAAGGCAGAAAUCUGCAUUUAAAUUCAUAAUGCAUGAUGAAUCUGCUUUUCAUGUCUAGUAGCAUGCUGCUAUUUUUAUACUGAUUUUGAUAAUUAAAAACACUCAUUAUUUCAAAGAUGUAAAUUUGCCACAGUGGAGGGGUAGGGGAGAAGUAAAGAUAAAAAAUAAGCAGCAUCUCAAAUUUGCAGUUGUUAAAAACUGUCUUGUACGCGUAGCUCUUCUGUGUUGUAAGUACAGUAGUCACGCUGUAGUUGCAGAAGAUGAACACUGGGUGGCACCCAACUUAACAGGGAUACAUUAAUCCGAAACAUUAACAGUUGGGUUUGUACUGAAAAAAGCAUAAAAUAGUUUUUCCCCAAAGUGAAUGCUUAACAUUCUUGAUAUGUUAAACAUGUAGAAUAUUUUUACAUUAUAGAAAAGGUUAUGUUAAGAGUAGAGUUUUAUUUUAAUCUUAAAUUCCAUACAUUGUAAGGUACAACAUUAAAGCUUAUGUGAACUUUGAGUAACAAUAUAAAUGAGGAAAUAAAUCUGUGUCAAACGUAGGAAAAGAAUCUUUCCAUCCAGAAUAAAUCACUGAAACAAACUAACGGAAAGAUUCUUCUCCAUCUUCAGACUGGAGGAGUCAGUUAAGAAGCUGAAUAAAGACUAACAUCAUCAUGCAAAUAUUAUUUUGUGGUAGCCUUAGUUUCUUUGUCUUCAAUUAUGUAUUUAACAACUCUGAAAGCAGGUUAAUGGAAAACUUCCUUUUGUGCCAUAAAAAUCUGAUUCUUGACACUUGUAUUCGUUAUACAGUCUUUUUGGUAUGAUGUAAAGUGACUACCCCAAUAGAUAAAACCAAAAUGGCUUUAAAUA